GCCCCCCACCGGCCCCGCCCGGCGGGCCGUGGCGGCCGUUCCCCGGUGCGGCCGGCAGGCGGCGCUGCGGCCCGGGGCGGCGCGUGUGCGUGUGCGUGUGCGUGUGCGGCGGGAGCCCCCGGGCCGCCUCUUCCCCUCGCGGCCCGGCGGAGCGAGCGGGGGGCGGGCGCUGCUUGCGCCGCCGCCGCCGAGCUCCACAGGCCGCCGCCGCAGCGCCUAUUCCCGGAUCGCGGCCGGCCGGCCGGCAGCAAACGGGAAGCGGCGGCGGCUGGCAGCCCUGCGCCGUGGCCGCUCGGCCGGCUACCUGCGCGGCCGGGCCUGAGCGCCGAGCCCGGCUCCGACAUGUCCGGCAAGAUCGAGAAAGCAGUAAAUAACCCUGUGAGAAUAGUAAAUAUAACUCCACACCAGCGAAGCAGCGUGAAGAGUUCAAACGCGGGAAGAUGACUCUGUAGACACACACAAACGCAGUGCGAUUCCAUAAACAAUAGAACAGAAAGGCCAAAAAUACCAUACAAAAAUCAUAUGCUGCGCAACCUAGAGACCCGACCUUGCAACACACUGAACUCCCAUUGAAGAACGCAAGACAUCAUGCGGGAUCCAUCCCCAGAUUCUGAGCGUUCCCAUCUCUCCUCGUUCACUAUGAAGUUGAAGGGCAAGUUUCAUUCACCAAAAAUAAAGAGAACCCCUUCAAAGAAAGGAAAGCAAGCUGACCUGACAGUGAAAACACCAGAGAAGUCAGUGAACAAAAAUGUCUCAUGGCUAGAGGAAAAGGAGAAGGAGGUCGUCAGUGCGUUACGCUACUUUAAGACUAUUGUGGACAAAAUGGUAAUUGAUAAGAAAGUAUUAGAGAUGCUGCCAGGCUCAGCAAGUAAAGUGCUGGAAGCCAUCCUGCCCUUGGUGCAAACCGAUCCACGCAUCCAGCAAAGUUCUGCCAUCUCAUCUUGCUAUAGCCGUGUGUACCAGAGUCUGGCCAAUCUCAUUCGCUGGUCUGAUCAAGUGAUGCUGGAAGGUGUGAAUUCAGAAGACAAGGAGAUGGUGACAACAGUGAAGGAUGUCAUAAAAGCUGUUCUGGAUGGAGUCAAGGAGCUGGUCAGGCUCACCAUUGAAAAGCAGGAGCAUCCCUCUCCCACAAGCCCAGUUAAACCCAGUUUACCAGCAUGUAAAUCUGACAGCCCAUCAGAACUUCCCCUUACAGACCGAGAAAUGGAGAUCCUCAACAAAACAACUAAUAUGACUCAAUCCAACGAGCUACUGACUGACUCCAUGGAUGAAGAAGUUGCACCUCCUAAACCCCCUCUGCCUAGCAUUCGUGUGGCAGAAAACAGCCCUCCACCAGCAUUGCCUCCUAAAAAACGGCAGUCGGCACCUUCCCCAACCAGAGUGGCAGUCGUGGCCCCCAUGAGUCGAGCCACCAGUGGGUCCAGUUUACCUGUUGGAAUCAACAGACAGGAUUUUGAUGUGGACUGCUAUGCCCAGAGAAGGUUGUCAGGUGGAAGCCACUCCUAUGGGGGUGAAUCUCCUCGCCUCUCACCGUGCAGUAGCAUUGGCAAACUCAGCAAGUCUGACGAGCAGCUCUCUUCUCUGGACCGCGACAGUGGUCAGUGUUCCCGCAACACAAGCUGUGAAACGUUAGAUCAAUCAGAUCACUAUGAUCCAGACUAUGAAUUCCUGCAGCAGGACCUCUCCAACGCUGAUCAGAUACCUCAGCAGGUGCCAGGUAUCCUCAGCCCAUUGCCAGAGUCCUUGGGUGAGUCUGGCUCCCCUUUCCAUGGACACACUUUCCAGCUCCCGCAGGGCAGCUCCCCUCCACUGGAAUUCUGCAGCCUCUCAGGAGCAGCGCAGCCAACAGAGACUCCUCCAGCUUUACCAGAAAAGAAGAGGAGGAGCGCAGCCUCUCAGACUUCAGAUAACUCAGGCUGCAGGGUGUCCUAUGAGAGGCACCCAUCCCAAUACGAUAACAUCUCGGAGGAUGACAUGCAGAAUGCGGCAUCUGUCCCAUCAGUACCCUUCACGCCGUUUGCUGCUGUUUUGCCUUUGCAGCAAGGAAACUCUUCAGCACCAGUUGAAUUCAUUGCUGACUUUGCUGCUCCAGAUUCUAACAGUGACCCAGAGAAGCCACCACCUCUGCCAGAGAAGAAAAACAAACACAUGACGGCAUAUAUGCAGUUUGUGGAAGACUACUCAGAGCCACAGCCGUCCGUGUUCUACCAGACCCCUCAGAACGAGCACAUCUACCAGCAGAAGAACAAGCACCUCAUGGAAGUCUAUGGCUUCAAUGACUCCUUUAUCAGCUUAGACCCCUCUCAAGAUCUGGCACCGCCUCCUGCUCUGCCACCGAAACAGCGGCAGCUGCAGGCCUCCUAUGCUGCCUCUUCUUUCUCUUCUGUCUCCUACUGUGUCCAGCAAACUAAAGUGCCCUUCACCCCCGAGGACAGCGGUGCCACUCAGGGCCUCACUAUGUCAGUCUCUAACUCCUUUCUCAACCGGCACAGCUCCUUUCCUGUGCAUUCGUACAAAUCUGUGUUUAGGUCCUACUCCCAGGACUUUGUGCCUCACAACCAAGUCUCCAUACCUCCUUUCCUCUCUUCUACCUCCUCCUCCUCCUGCUCCACCCCACCUUUUCUGCCCGUCCAUCCAUCUCAGAGCUCUGACCUAGCGGUGCCCGCCGCAGCCAGCCUGUCACCCAGCACUGUGGAUGUGCCAAACUCCUCUUCUCAGGAGAGCAGCUUUAACGGGAAUGCUCCUGUCUGCCUGCCUUCUGAAACCUCUUUCACUGAUUCUCUCCAGACGCCUUCGAGUGAAAACGCCAGUGAGGAGGCUGGUGAGGGUGAAUACGUCAAUCUGUAUUCCUCUGGCCAGAGCAACGGGGAACUCCCUCGCUCUGAAGGAGAAUCUCCCUCCGUCAAAGAUGGCCACUCCAAAGACUCCACUUUGAACAGCAGUGCCAUGGGGAAGGAAGGCAAAGACGGUGCUGAAAGGCAGCAGCAGUCACCAGAUGCUUUGGAAUCGUCACAGUUGGAGGAAGAAGUAGAUGAGCUGUCCCUUAUCGACCACAGUGAAAUUAUGUCUAGGUUAACACUGAAGCAAGAGGGAGAUGAUGGGCCAGAUGUUCGUGGUGGAUCCGGAGACAUUUUGUUAGUGCACGCAACAGAGACCGACAGGAAAGAUCUGGUGCUGUACUGUGAAGCCUUUCUGACUACGUACAGGACAUUUAUUACCCCUGAAGAGCUCAUCAAGAAGCUGCAGUACAGAUAUGAGAAGUUUUGCCACUUCCCAGACACGUUUAAGAAGCGAGUGAGUAAGAACACAUUCUUCGUGCUGGUGAGAGUGGUGGAUGAGCUGUGCUUAGUGGAGUUGACGGAGGAAAUUCUCAAGCUGCUGAUGGACCUGGUCUUCCGACUGGUCUGCAAUGGGGAGCUGAGUCUUGCCAGAGUGUUACGCAAGAAUAUCCUUGAUAAAGUGGAUCAGAAGAAAAUGCUGAGCUACGCCAAUUCCAUUAAACCUCUUGCAGCCCGUGGGGUGGCAGCCAGGCCAGGGACCCUGCAUGAUUUCCACAGUCAUGAAAUAGCCGAGCAGCUGACCCUCCUAGAUGCCGAACUCUUCUAUAAAAUUGAGAUCCCAGAAGUUUUGCUUUGGGCAAAGGAGCAAAAUGAAGAGAAGAGCCCCAACCUGACACAGUUCACAGAGCACUUUAAUAACAUGUCCUACUGGGUCCGAUCAAUAAUUAUGCUACAAGAGAAAGCCCAAGACCGAGAGAGGCUGCUCCUUAAAUUUAUAAAGAUUAUGAAGCACUUACGAAAGCUGAAUAAUUUUAAUUCCUAUCUGGCCAUUCUUUCUGCACUGGACUCUGCACCCAUCCGAAGGCUGGAGUGGCAGAAACAAACCUCGGAGGGCCUGGCCGAGUACUGCACGCUGAUUGACAGCUCCUCGUCCUUCCGCGCCUACCGAGCAGCUCUGGCUGAUGUGGAGCCUCCCUGCAUACCUUACCUAGGCCUGAUUCUGCAGGACCUGACUUUUGUUCAUCUGGGAAACCCUGAUUACAUUGACAGCAAAGUGAACUUUUCCAAGCGCUGGCAGCAGUUUAACAUCCUGGACAGCAUGAGGUGCUUCCAGCAAGCACAUUAUGACAUCAAAAGAAACGACGACAUAGUGUCAUUCUUCAAUGAUUUCAGCGACCACCUGGCCGAGGAGGCCUUGUGGGAACUGUCCCUCAAAAUCAAACCUCGGAAUAUUACGAGGCGGAAAACAGACCGAGAAGAGAAAACCUAGGAGGAGGGGUUGUGCGAGCGAGGAGAAUUGCUCCGCAGACACGCCGAGGGCAGCUAUGAGACUGGAGUUCAAUGUUUGUACCUGUUACUGGACGACGCACCCUCCCUCCCGGCUGGCAGCGAUCCCUGGGUGUGUGAACGUCGGGCUCUCGCCGCAGGCGAGAAGUGACCACGCGUCAGCCGUGAAGAGCAGAGAUCAGCUGGUGCUUGUUGCACUCGCCCUCCUUCUCCUCCCGUCCCCCUGUGCCAUGAAUCAGCUUUAAACCCGGGGAGAGAGCGUUGUGGAAGGAGAAUCCCAUGCAAGCGUGUUACUGGUUUGCUGGCCGAUCGCAUCCGGGAACACCCGGGCUUUUGUUUUCAUCCACGAAGGAGGGUCAGCAAGAGCUCAGCACCCACAAACUUGUCUCUGGAGUGGUGUUCAGCAGGCAGCAGCCAUGGAAGUCAAGGGUUUGAGUCUCCCCUGCAAUGCCACCUCGAAACAUGUUCAUGCCUAGGAGAUGAGGGUGGAAGAGCCUCCCGCUGCCUGCCAGAGGGGCUCUGCUUUCAGAGAGCUGCUUGUGUUUACAGGGGUCUCCGGUUUACCCCAGAUCUCUCUCGCCUUCUUCAUGGGAGGAAGGCACCGGUCGUAGAUACGGAAGAGGCACUGAAAAUGUGGGCAGGGACCCGCCAUCUCCAGUCAGCGUAUCCCCCUCCUCCUCUCAGAUCUCAUUAUUUAAGCAACGGUAAUCCCUCCGAACCCUGGAACAUUGACUACCCAAGGUACUGCGGUUCACUCGUCCUGUGAACCCGUAUCUUUUAGCGAUGGUACUAGCUUUUGCACAGUAAUAGCUGUAGUAUACAAGACUGUACAUAUUGGUAUUUAGAAUCCAUUGGGGAUUUUUUUUGAUGCAUGUCUGAGUACCGAUGGGUUUAUAGGAAAACAAGAAAAGUGCAAAACAGUAUGUAUAGAAUUCAGAACCGGUGACAAUGUUGUUCCAAGUGCUGGAAGAAAGGAGGCUCGGGGUGGCCACGUGGGCGCUGGCUGCAGAGCAGGUGCAGGAGCUGGGCGAAGGAGCCAGCGGGUCCGUUUCUGGGGUUGGAAAUGGGACCUGGGAAGGAGCCCUGUGCCCAGCCGAGCUGCCCCCUCCCCUCUGCCCCACUCCUCUCUCCUCUCACUGUUGCCAAAUGUUUUUUUCGGGGGGUGCCUAUCUGGCUGACCCUUGGUGCUGUGCUUUGUGAUCUGUGCUUUGGCAGGAGCCCCAGCAGGUCCCCGUCCCCAGUCCCGCCGUGCCGGAGUAGGGACAGCCCAGCAUGGAAGAGCGAGGGGAGCAUCUCAUUUCCCACACGUGCAGCGUUAACCCCAAUCUGUUCGGUGUGCCUUAUUCAGCCCUCUGUCCCCUCUCCGUGUCCCACCCGGGGCAUCCUCCCCAGUGCAGCCCCAGAUGGGCCAUUUCACAUCCCUCCUCUCGGUCCUUAUCCGAUGGUUUACAGUGUGGAUCGUGCACUUGAGCGUAUGCUGUAGAUUUUAGCAGCCUUGCGAGGCCUUUCCCAGCACCGUGUCGCGUGGUCACAGGGUUUUACAGAGUUCUGUCUAACAAAAUCCUGCAGUUUUAGGGCAGCAGCUCGCAAGGAAUACAGACGGGGUGUUUUGCGGAGCAUCCUUAACUUAUUUCUCAAUAGCAACUCCAUGUUUGCUAAAGCCUGUGUUUAUUUUGGGUGGAUCAGAGUUGGAAGCACUUCCUUCUACAAACAGAUUGCAAAGUCUUAGCCAGCUCCCUGCAGACGGCAGCUCUGCCUGACGGGCAGCAGGAGGGAGCAACAGCAGUGUUGCCCCUUUCAUAGGAUUGUAUCCAGGUCAAUUAUUUUCCUGAUUUAGGCACAGAACUCACACAGCAGUCAAAGGCUGAAGCAGAGACCCCGCUGCCCAUGAGGCCAUUGUCUGGGGGAGGAGAGCAUGAGAUCCCACACUGGUGCAUGCCGUGCAACCGCAGAGCGGGCAGAGCGGGAAUCUUCUUGUGCUGAAACACAGUGUCCGAGCCAGAACACUUCAAAAAUGGUUUCUUUUUAUGGCACUAAGGGCAUUGGAGCUGCGUGUCGUGUCCAGCCAAGGCUUUGCAAUCCCCAAAGGCUUCCCAGCCUUCCACACAGGAAGUAACGCUUGUGUUUCCCUUUGUAAGUAAGAUUUUUAAAAAACCUGACAUGAUGAGACUGUGAAAAGGCAAAUACACCCGUAUCUGGCACAGGCUUCCCCCCGGCCAUCUCUGAGCACCUCCCUCGGAUGGUGUGCUGUGGCAGAGGCCGCUUCUAUGAAUGUCGUGUGUGGUGGUAGCACUACAACUACAGCCCAUCGCUCCGCUUUCCCUGUGCAGUGUUCAUGGCUGGAACUCAAUGCCACAGGGGGACAGGAGGGUGCACCUUGUCUUCAGCCCUGCCAGGAUGCUUGCCUCCUUUCUUACUGAGAGCAGGAGCUGUUUCCAGGUUCUUCCCAGCGCUUGAAACCAUGAGCCCUUUUAGUGCCAAAGCGGGGUCUCGCUCCCUGCCCUCCACCAGCCCACCCAAAGCCGGAGGCUCAGCCCACGGCGUGGGGACGGGAGGUCUGCACAGCCGCAGCACCUCGUCCAGCGUGGUGGGACCAAGCCCCCCAGCUUUCCGCCCUGCUUCUCCCCUUUGCUCUGCGGCCAUCCCCAGCCGAGCAGGGUGACCUGACCUCAGCUCCUGGCUCACAGGGCCGGAGGAACCCUAAAGAAAGAUCUCGCCCAGAGCAGCUCCAGAGACACCCCCCGCCCCUCUCUGGGAGCAGAAGCCCGCAACAAGCAGCCCUUUGCAAGACUGGCCAUGAGUGCGUUCCCAUGUCUCGCAGGCAGCAUCCUCGAGAGCAUCAACUCCCUUUUUGGGGAGAGGGAGGACUCUCGGUGCCCUCUCCGUGCAGGGCAGGGAGUGGGGAGAAGCGAUGUUCCCCGGUCACCAGCGCCCUGCCUCGCUCCGAGGCCGCUGCCCCACCCCCAGCUGUUCGGUCGUGUUAUAUAUUUACCACUCACCCAGUCCCGAUGGUGGCAUCUUCCUGCGAACAUUUCAGACCUGUAACUUUUAUAUAAAAGAUGAAUAAACACCAAUAACAAACCUGCCUGAUGAUCCUGUUUACAGUGCAUGCAGCAGUCUGUGGAUUAAAGUGACAAUCGAAUCCA